AUGGUACAAGCAAAAGGAGGAAAGGCCGAUCCACGAGUUAUGGGGAAGGAUGAGGAACACCACAAGAGCAUUGUAAAGUUGAGCCAGAUCAAAAAGAUCAUGAAAGACAGGACUAGAAUGAGGAUAUCAAAGGAUGCCCUUGUUGCGGUUUCUGCAUGUGUGAUGUACCUGAUCAGUGAGAUCACCGAUGGAGCAAAGAAUGUCGCAAACACGGAUGGAAAGAAGAAAGUAAUGCCUAAGCACAUAAAUCAUGCGAUAUGCAAUGAUACUGAGCUUCAUUUUGUUGGGCAUGACUGGCUAAUAAAGAACGGGGGAAUGAAGUCGUACAUUUCGCCAGGGGACUUUUCUGUGUCAAGUAAGAAAGGGUCUUCGAGGGACUGA